AUGGCCGACGCAGCCCGGACUGUACUGAUCUCAGGAUGCUCCUCGGGGAUUGGCCUGGAGCUCGCAGUGCAACUGGCUCGUGACCCCAGGCAGCGCUACCAGGUGGUGGCCACCAUGAAGGACCUGGGAAAGAAGGGGACACUGGAGGCAGCUGCUGGGGAGGCUCUGGGUCAGACCCUCACCGUGGCCCAGCUGGAUGUGUGCAGUGAUGAGUCAGUGGCCCAGUGUCUCAGCUGCAUCCAGGGAGGGGAAGUGGACGUGUUGGUGAAUAAUGCUGGAGUGGGCCUGGUGGGGCCCUUGGAGGGGCUCAGCCUAGCUGCCAUGCAGAACGUCUUUGAUACCAACUUUUUCGGGGCCGUCCGUCUGGUCAAAGCUGUACUUCCUGGCAUGAAGAGGAGACGACAGGGCCACAUCGUGGUGGUCAGCAGUGUCAUGGGGCUGCAAGGUGUCGUGUUCAAUGAAGUCUAUGCGGCCUCCAAGUUCGCCAUGGAGGGAUUCUUCGAGAGUCUGGCUGUCCAGCUGCUGCAGUUCAACAUCUUCAUCUCCCUGGUGGAGCCGGGCCCGGUGGCCACCGAAUUUGAAGGGAAGCUCCUGGAGCAGGUUUCCACAGCCGAGUUCCCAGGCACUGACGCUGACACCCUGAACUACUUUCGGAAUUUGUACCUCCCAGCCUCCAGGGAGCUCUUUCACUCUGUGGGACAGAGCCCGCAGGAUGUGGCCAAGGUAAUUGUCAAGGUCAUCGGCUCAGCCAGACCACCCUUGCGCAGACAGACCAACACCCGCUACACUCCCCUGAUCGCCCUCAAAGCCAUGGACCCCUCCGGCAGCCUGUAUGUGCAAACCUCCCAUCGCCUACUCUUCCGCUGGCCACGCCUCCUCAACCUUGGCCUUCAAUGUCUGGCCUGCAGCUGCUUCCGUACCCCAGUGUGGCCCCAGUGA